CUCACAAUUGAAAAGCUUUCCAGAAAUCUUGGAGCCUAUGGAGAAGCUAAAGAAACUUUGGUUAAAUGGAAGUGGGAUUGAAGUGAUGCCAUCAACAAUAGAGAAUCUUGUUGUGCUUGAUGAGCUAAACUUGUGCAAUUGCAAAAAUCUCAAGUGUAUUCCAACCACCAUUUGCAAGCUGAAGUCUCUUAUAGCAUUAUAUAUGAGUGGUUGCUCACAAUUGAAAAGUUUUCCAGAAAUCUUGGAGCCUAUGAAGAAGCUAGAAGUGCUUUGGUUAAAUGAAAGUGGGAUUGAAGUGAUGCCAUCAACAAUAGAGAAUCUUGUUGUGCUUGAUGAGCUAAACUUGUGUGAUUGCAAAAAUCUCAAGUGUAUUCCAACCACCAUUUGCAAGCUGAAGUCUCUUACAGCAUUACAUAUGAGAGGUUGCUCACAAUUGAAAAGUUUUCCAGAAAUCUUGGAGCCUAUGGAGAAGCUAGAGAAACUUUAUUUAGAUGAAACAGGGAUUGAAGAGAUGCCAUCAACAAUAGAGAAUCUUGUUGUGCUUGAUGUGCUAAGCUUGCGCUAUAUCAAAAAUCUCAAGUGCCUUCCAACCACCAUUUGCAAGCUGAAGUCUCUUACAACAUUAUAUGUUAUUGGUUACUCACAAUUGAAAAGCUUUCCAGAAAUCUUGGAGCCUAUGGAGAAGCUAGAGGUACUUUAUUUAAAUGGAAGUGGGAUUGAAGUGCUACCGCCAUCAAUUGAACGUCUAGUUACUCUUAAAUAUUUAGGUUUAACUAGAUGUAAAGAUCUCAAGUCUAUUCCAACCAACAUCUACAAUAUGAGAAACAUUUCUAAAAUCAUUAUUGAUGACCCAGAACUAAAAAAUUUGUCAUAUUGUGGUUUUUCCUCAUUAAUACUAUCAGGUCCCAGUGAAGCCAUUGCUAGUCAAUUACGUGCAGAAGUUCAAAAUUCCAAGUGCAGAAGUUCUUGCCCUAUCACAAGUAUAAAUGUUUUAUUCAUAUUACAUUCUGAUGGACUCAAAUGUGGCGCCGGCAUUCCAUUCGCUUGUUGUGAGUGCUUUCUAUUUUACUCGGUGCAUAAUAUUUUGGCGAGCCAAUAUUUUGAGUAUAAUAUUUACCGGUGUCGCGAAAUUUCCAAAAUUUUGCGUGAUGAAUGUUAUUAUGGUGAAGAAGAAGAUCAGGAUUUAAUAAGUUGUCCAAAAGCAAGUUUUUGCUAUUCAGGAAAUGCAAUUCCUCGAUGGUUUACUUAUCAAUCUGUGGGUUCAUCAAUAGAAGUAAACUUGGUUCCCUCUUCGGAUAAUUAUUUCAGCUUCUUAGGCUUUGCUAUAUGCAUUGUCGUUGAUUUUGAUCCGUGCACUUCAAAUCCUGGUGUGGUGGACUUAAAUUGUGAAUACCAUCUCAAAAGCAAUGAUGGUCAAAGUUCCAAAUUCUGUUCAAUUCUACUGCGACAAAAAGCUACUCAUGAUUCUGAUGGAGAUUCUAAUGUAGACAACAAUGACAUUUUAGACUGGUCAUCGGGCAAUGUGUUCAUAUCGUAUCUUUACCGAAAAGGUAAUUGGAAAUUUUUAUCUGGAGUUGACAAGGCUUUCUUUGAAUUUUACUUUGGGGAAUCAAAUGAUAGCACCGGCAAAGGGAGAAUAAAACAAUGUGGAGUUCGCUUGGUAUAUCGCCAAGAUGCAAAGGAGUUUGAUAGAGCAGAACCACACAUUUAAACUGAGUUCAAAUAUCAAAGUCUUCUUAGUAUUUCUUUCUCGUUGCAGUCUCUCAUAUUUACAGGAAAGGAAAUCAAAUCAGCUAAUAACGGUGUUGCUUCCAAAAUUCUCUGCGACUUUAUGUGGUGGACCUCAACUACUGCUUCGCUAUCUU